UAAACGUGGAAGCAACUAGAUUUACCUUUUUCAACAUCCUGCAAGUGGAAAAUUUACAUCAUAUUUAAUUUUUAGCGGAGAGCAUCUUUUGAAAUGAUUGUCUACGAAGGUUUUAUCUUCUUUUUAUUCUCGAUUGUACUCAUUGGAACAUCAGAUGGAGCGAGAGGAAUACGUGCAGCUGAUCCAUUCCAUAAUCGCAGUGAGCAGUUUAAACCCCUUGAUGAAAAAUCUUGCAAAAAUUUGGAUGCUUGCCUUCCAAAAGGGCGCAUUCCCGAGAUAUUUUGCUGGCAAAGCUUUGAGUACGCCUACUGUGCUUAUAAUAUAACACAAAACAAAGAUUGCUACCCAGAUCUAGUCCAAAUCGCCGAACAUCUGCUGGACGUAUUAAGGCGAAAUGGAGAGUUCCAAAGAUGUGGAUACUAUCCAGAUGCAAACUCAGUUGUUGGGUUUUCCUUUAACAGCAGUAGAUUGGACCUUGUACCUUGCUAUGACUUUUAUAUUUAUCGAAAAAUACCUUUUGAUAUUAUUACUGGCCAUAGAUUUUGUCAUUUUUUUGAAGACUGUUGGAGAAAAACUGAUCCGGACUGCGACGAUACGCAUAGGCAAUUGGUCUGCUGUGCCAUGGUAAUGGGGUCGGAUAAGUGCAGAAAAUAUAGGGGUCGACAAAGUUUAGACAUUUGGAGGAGAAUCAAGGAGAAGGGUGAUAUUGAUGGAUGCGGCUCUGGCUAUGACCUCGAAACCAAUUUUGUUUCAAUCAAUCUAAAGUACACAGACGACCUCAGAUGCUUCGAUUUAAAAUCAAUCAACGGCUUUGCAUUUUCAACCAACACGCAGAAAGCAUCAGUUAUUAAAGGAAACUCUUGGUUUGUUAUGCUGGCGAUAGGGAUCAUCCUUAUUCUUGUCAGUGUGUGAGAUCUCAUGCCAUCAUCGGUGAAAUCUGUUUCGUCACCAGCAAUAAAAAAACGCAAGGAAAAAAUAUAACAAUUCAUCAAAAUUUACUAGUAGCAAAGGAAGUUAAUUCAAAAUGAAUAAUAACAUUUUUAUUCAAAAGAUCAUUAACAAAGCAGACGAAUAUCCAAGGAAUUCAGAAAAAGAAUAUACUUUUAAUGUGACUAAAAAUAGUAUAUGUUUUUAUUAUAUCAAGUAACUUUCAAAUAAAACUAUUC